AUGUCCGACGGUGACGUCCAAGGACUUGUCAUUGACGCUGGCUCCUUCCGUACCAGGGCUGGAUUUGCCGGUGACGAUGCCCCUCGCUCUGUCUUCCGAACCGUCAUUGGCUCACGGUCUGUCGGCGACGAAGCCAUCCAAAACAACGAGCCCCUCGUAAACCCACUCCAAAACAGCUCCGUGACAAACUGGGACGCAUUAGAGAAGCUCUACCGACACGCCUUCUACCAUGAGCUUAAGGUCGCAACGGAAGAACACCCCAUCCUGCUCGCCGAAUCCCCAUUCACCUCCGACGCGGAUCGGGAGAAGACCGUGCAGAUGAUGUUUGAGAACUUCAACGCACCCGCCCUCAAUAUCGUACCCGAUGCCGUGUUGGCCGUCUAUGCAUCCAAUCGCACUACCGGCCUAGUCAUUGACGUUGGGUAUGAAUACGCCCGCGUCGUCCCCGUGAUCGAAGGGAGAUGUGUCGCGGAAGCAAGAGCCCAAGUUGAGCUGGGAGAUCUCUCAUUUGCUAUAUCAAACGUAGCUCAAAACUUCGACGAAAGCGUUCAGGCUACUUUGUAUAGUAAUAUCAUCCUGUCCGGAGCCAACCCGGAUCCUGGCCUGGCAGACCAACUGCACAAUGCGAUCGUUAACGUUGCGCCGGAAUCUGCAUCUGUGAACAUCGUUGAACCCGCGCAUCCUGAAUACUCGGUCUGGCUGGGUGGUACCAUUGUGGCUGCGGCUGACUCCCAGGGCAUUUGGGUGUCUAAGCAGCAGUAUGAUGAGGACGGUGCUAGGGUUCUGAAUGGGAAGUAUUAUGCAUAG